AUGUCUGGAGAGAGCUACAAUAUCUACAAUGGGGUUUAUUCUGCAGCACAUGCUUUGCAAGCAAUGGAUUUAAGAAGAAGAAAGCCAGCUUCUCGGAGGAAUUGGGAUCGAGCAAAUCUCUGGGAUAUUCAGCCAUGGCAGCUUCACCACUUCCUGAGAAACACCCAUUUUAAUAACAGUGCAGGAGAUGAAAUCUUUUUUGAUGAGAAGGGGGACUUUGAUCCUGGAUAUGACAUCUUCAACAUGGUCACAUUCCACAAUAAUUCCUUUCAGAGAGUCUGGAUUGGAAGGAUGGUCUCCAAAGCCCCUGAUGGGAAAAAGUUCACCAUCAAUGAAAGUGCCAUUGUGUGGAAUCACAAGUUUCAGCAGGUACCUCCCCAUGCCAGAUGUGUGCAGAGUUGCCAACAUGGAUUCAGCAGGGUUGUUCAGGAGGGGAAGCAUGCUUGUUGCUACAAUUGCACCAAAUGCCCUGAAGGAAGAAUUUCAAUUCAUAUGGAUGCAGACCAAUGCGAGAGAUGCCCAGAAGAUCACUAUUCCAAUGCAGAAAAAGACCAGUGUCUUCCCAAAGGUUUCAGCUAUUUGUCCUUUGGUGAACCCUUGGGAGUCAUUCUGACUUCCUUGAUUCUCUUCUUUUCUGCAACCCUCCUUUUAGUGGUAGUGACCUUCAUUCUGCACUGGGACACCCCAAUUGUCAAAGCCAACAACAGGAACAUCACAUGCAUCCUUCUCUCCUCUCUCCUCCUCUGUUUUCUCUGCUCCCUGCUCUUUAUUGGUUGGCCAGGGGAGGUGACUUGCUUUCUCAGGCAAACUCUGUUUGGCACCAUUUUCUCCCUCUGUGUUUCCUGUGUCUUGGCCAAAACCAUCACAGUAGUUCUAGCCUUUUUGGCCACCAAGCCAGGAAACAGAACGAGGAAGUGGCUAGGGAAAAGACUGGUAGGAUCAACCAUUGUCCUCGGCUCCUUCAUUCAAGUUGUUAUCUGUAUAGUGUGGUUGGUCACAUCUCCUCCCUUCCCAGAGCUGGACAUGCACUCCGAGACUGAUAAGAUCGUUGUGCAAUGUAAUGAAGGCUCAAAUAUGAUGUUCUACAUUGUCCUGGUCUACUUGGGGCUGCUGGCCACCAUGAGCUUCACUGUGGCUUUUUUUGCUAGGAAGCUGCCAGAUACUUUUAAUGAAGCCAAGCUGAUAACUUUCAGCAUGCUUGUGUUUUGCAGUGUUUGGGUGUCCUUCAUCCCAACCUAUCUGAGCACCAAGGGAAAAUACAUGGUGGCUGUGGAGAUCUUCUCCAUCUUGGCCUCUACUGCAGGUCUUUUGGGUUGCAUCUUUCUCCCCAAGUGCUACAUCAUAAUCUUGAAGCCACAUCUUAACACAAGACAACAUCUGACGAGGAAGAUAAUUUAA